CAUGCGCAGCGCGGCUGCGGGAGCUGGGGCUGCCGGGGCCACGGGCGCCAUGUCGGGCCGCUCGGUGCGGGCAGAGACCCGCAGCCGGGCCAAGGAUGACAUCAAGAAAGUCAUGGCGGCCAUCGAGCGCGUUCGCAAAUGGGAGAAGAAAUGGGUGACGGUGGGAGACACGUCCCUGCGGAUAUUCAAGUGGGUGCCUGUGACUGACAGCAAAGAGAAAGAGAAGGCCAAGUCCAGCGGGGCGGCUGUCCGGGAGCCGAACGGCUUUCCGGCCGAAGCCACAGCCAACUCGUCCCUCCUCCUGGAAUUCCAAGAUGAGACCAGCAACCAGAGCUCCCUCUCGGACACCUACCAGCUGAAGGCGGACAGCAGCGCGGCCUCCAGCCCCAGCCCCCAGCAGAGCGAGUCCCUGAGCCCCAGCCACACCUCCGACUUCCGCACGGACGAUUCGCAGCCCCCCACGCUGGGCCAGGAGCCCUCGGAAGAGCCUGCCCUGCCUCCCUCUGAUGUCGCCGACGAGCCUCCGACCCUCACAAAGGAAGAGCCGGUCCCGCCCGAGGCCCAGGAGGCGGGAGGGGAGGAGGAUUCGGGCGCCCCUCCGCUCAAGAGGUUCUGCGCGGAUCAGAACUCCGCCUGCCACACGGCCUCCGAGAGCUAGCUGGGCGGCUGCGGCUGCUGCUGCUGCUUUCCUCCCCUGCAACGUGCUCCUUUGCAAGAGUCCGCCUCCCCUCCCCAGACCCCACCCCACCCCACCCCCCAAAUACCAGCCUGGUUGAAAGCUGGUGUUCUGCUCUGCCUCCGUGCCCCCCCUCCGAGCGUCACCCUGCUGCUCCCUCCCCUCGGCUGAGACCCCCCCCCUUCCACCGGCGUCAUAUUUCCUGCCCAGCCAGGGGCCGGCCGCACCCCUUGCCUGGUUUUGCACGCCUGAGGGGCGAGCUGCCACAGCCCCUCUGCUAGGCUCUCUUCUUCUUCUUCUUCUUCUUUUAAUUUAUCCUCUUUGUGGGCUCCAGGGGACCCCCCCUUUCUCCCCCCCCCUUGCCACCCUGGGCCUUCCUCCGGCAGGAGGUGAACGACUCUCUUGCGAGGGAGGGCAGGGCCUGGCGGAGCCCAGCUGGGAUGCUGUGCAAUAGUUGUGAGGUGAAGCCAUUUGCACUGGAGGGAGCUCGGCCUCUGCCCCCCAAGGCGGGGGGCCCGUCGGGGCAGGGGAAACCGGCUGGCAUGCAUGCGAGGGCUUGGCCGCCCCCGGGCAGGAGAGGGGGGGCGCCACGGGGGCCCCGUUGCCUCUGAGCAGCCAAACCCUCCCCCUCCUGCCCCGUCUGGGGAGGGGCGCAGCGGCCCCCAGCCCCCUCCGUCCUCGGCAGACCCUCCCCUCCGUCGCGACCUGCACGUGGAACUGCGUUUGUGACCAAGGCCCCGCCGUGGCGGGCCGUGCUGGCUGGCCGCCCAAGGAAGCAAAGAGAUAUUUUAGCACUGAAGAGAAUAUUUUUAAAAUUAAACUAUUUGAAGUA